AUGGCUAAAAAGAGAGGAGAGGUUGCAUUGCAAGAAGAAAUUGUAGACGAAGAUAGUUGGAACGCGCUGCGUAUGAAGCAAGGGCUAAUAGUUGUCGAUGUCUAUCAAGAAUGGUGUGGUCCUUGUUCCGCUGUUGUUGGUCUGUUCAAACGACUCAAAACAGAAAUAAACGACGAUUUAUUGCAUUUUGCUGUUGUAAGAGCAGAUACUGUUGAAACGUUUGAACUAUAUCGAGGGAAAUGCGAACCAUAUUUUCUAUUUUUUGGAGGUGGAUGCCUUGUUGCAGCAGUAAAAGGAGUUAAUCCUCCAGAGUUGGAGCAGUGUGUCUUGAGCAAGUUGAAGCAGGAACACGACGUCAUAAGUGGCGAAGCUGAAAGGGUUGAGAUCCGUGAUCCUAUGGUUAUCGCUAGAGAACUGAAAGAGGCGGAGAUUAAACAAAAAAGGGAGGAGGAGGAGGAGGUUGAACAGGAACUUACCUUAGCAGUACUGAAACCUGAUGUUGUGCAGUCUGGGGUAGCAGAACAAAUUAUUAGAGAACUCGAAGAAAAAGGUAUUCAAAUACUUGAGAGCCAAGAACAUUUAUUUACCACUGAAGAGGCUGAAAUCUUCUAUGAAAAUGUUAAAGAUCAGCCUUAUUUUCAAGAUCUUGUUGGAUUUAUGACAUCUGGUCCAAGCAAAAUUAUAGUCUGUGCAAUAAAAGGCAAGCAGGGCAUUAUUGACAAGCUAAGGGGACUAAUUGGACCGUCGAUUUUUGAAAAGGAUUCAGAGGAAAUGAAUGAAACGAUAAGGGCAAAAUAUGGUACUGGAAUAAUCAAGAAUGCGAUCCAUGCAUCAAGCUCUAAAGAAGAGGCUACAAGAGAACUAGCGUUUUUCUACCCAGGUUACGAGCCGCCAGUUAUUACAGUGAAACGUACCCAAUCAGUUGGUAAAGGAUAUGAAGAAACAGUUUAUGGCACUGGAAAACAUGAAAUCGAACGAACAGUUGCAGUAUUACGGCCACAAGCUUAUGAAUUAUAUAAAGAUGAAAUAGUAAAACAAAUUAAAAAUGCUGGAUUUACCAUAGCGCUGGAGAAAGUUAUACAGCUGACUAAAGAACAAGUAGAAGAACAUUAUAAGGAACAUAUGGGACAACCAUAUUUUGGGGAAUUAACUACUGUAAUGUCCAGUGGUCCAUGUUUGGCUUUAUUAUUAGCUAGAGAAGAUGCUGUCGCUAAAUGGAGAGAAAUGUUAGGGCCAGCAAGUGUUAGUGAAGCCAAAUCUACAGCUCCUGAAUCAUUACGUGCUCAGUUUACCAUGAAAUCGCCGACUAAAAUGACCAGUGGGAAAAGUGAAGGAAUCAACCUUAUACAUGGAUCAGCUAACGAUCAUGAAGUGGAGAAAGAUAUUAAUGUAUUUUUCCCGGUCGAAAAAACAAUUGCAGCGAUUAAACCCGAUGCAUACGCUAAUCGGGAUGAAAUUAUUGAAAGGAUUGAAUCAGCUGGUUUUCACGUAGCAGCACGUAAAGAAACGACUCUUACUAAGGAUAUAGCUCGAAAACUAUAUGAAAAUUGCUCUGGUCAACCAUUUUACAAUGAUCUAGUUAAUCAUAUGGUCAGUGGUCAAACUUUGUUCAUGGUUUUGACGAGAAGUAAUGCAAUUUCCGGUUGGCGGCAACUGAUGGGACCAACAGAUCCAAACAAAGCAUCUGACGAAUCAUCAGAAAGUAUUCGUGCAAUUUAUGGUAGAGAUAUUCUUCGUAAUGCAGUUCAUGGAUCAUCUAACAAAGACGAAGUUCAACGGAUUCAGAAUUUAUUAUUCACCGGUAUCGAAGCUAAUGAAGAAAACCAAACGAUGUCGUCAAGAAGUAGUAGACGAGAUUCAAUAAAUGAAGAAAUGGAUAUGGAUAAAGCUCACUCAUAUGCAGUUAAAGAAGAGCAAGAAGCUGAAUCAGCUAGAUCACAAGAAAAUGAAGAAAUAAAAGAUGAGGAAAAUAUGUUAAAUACACAGAAAGUAAAUGAUGAAGAAAAUAUACAAUCGGAGAGGCAACAAUUUACAAACUCUGAUGAUAAAAUACAACAUGAAGAAAAUGAAUUAACUGAAAUCACUACUGAUACAAUGCCAAUAGGAGAAAGUGUAGAAAAAAAUGAAACAAGUAGUUUUAGUUCAUCAGAUACAUAA